AUGGUCAGCAACCCGCCUCCGAAUGAGAUGGUCUACCUUCCGGGGAUUCUAUCCCCGAACCGCUCCUUUGGAGUGUUCCGCAAAGUCAUCCAUACCGGACUCUACUCGCAAUUCGUUGCAAUGGAAAUUCCCGUGAAUGGAGAUAUAGGUGAUGAGAAACACACCGUUGACCAGAUUCUGCUCUUCACACAUGGCACCGGCAAGGCGAUUGUGGAUGGCAAGGAGCAGAAGGUCAAGGAGGGGGAUGUAGUAAUUGUCCCCGCCGGAACCCAGCACCAAUUUCUGAAUGUAGGCGACGUUCCGCUGGAGGUGGUAACUAUCUAUUCUCCUGCGGAGCACGAUCCCAGGACGGUCCACGAGACCAAGGCCGAGGGGGAUGCGCAGGAGGAAGCGGGAGAGGAUGAGGCACCGCAGUGGAGCCAGAGAAGCAAAACCGAGAAUGAAGAUUUGGGUAUAGUGAAGGUGGAUUGA